AUGAAUGUUUCUUUUUCUUCUUUAGUUUUAUCCAAAUUUGGAGUGCCAUUCUAUGCCUCAUCAGAGACAACUAAGUUUAGAACGGCAUCCUUUACAUCUUGCAAGUUUUCCAAGUUUUGGAAUCCUUCGUUAUACAUUUCAGAUGUAAAUAAUAGACUCAAUUGCAUUAAAACAGAUUUCCGACAUUCCCUAACAUCAUCAGUAGUAUUUUCCGAUAAAAACGCUGUUGUUAAUAAUACAGAUGCAAUUUAUUAUACAGGAAAGAAAUUCUUUUACGAUUCAGGACCCAAUAUUUUCUACAAGUGCACAUUUGCCGACUGCAAUGCAAAUGGAAAAGGCCACCACUUUGAUUCUGGCGGUGCUGUUCAAGCUUUGUUUUCCAACAAAGAUGUUAUGGCUCCAAUCUUUUAUUUGAAGCUUGAAGAAUGCGGAUUUUUCAACUGCACAGCCAAAAACUGUGGUGGAGCUAUCUGUGUUCAUACAGUUAAAAUUCAAUCUAAUUUUUGUUUGUUUAAGAACUGCUCUUCGCCAAAUGGCGGAGGCUUUUAUGCAAACAAUUGCUCAGAAGAAAUACUUUACACUAAUCAUACCUUUAUUUCUGGCUUAUCAGUCAGAAAAUCUGUUGAUCGCUUGUUUGGUUUUGCAUUUACAGAAUCAAAAGUGUAUCUAAACCACAUGAAUUUUAGUAGAAUUAAGGAAGCCAAGCUCCACGGCCCUCUAAUUUCAGGAAUUGACGUUCCAUACUUCCAUUAUCAGUUUUCAUAUAUUGAUCAUUCGAAAGGGAAGUCACUAAUAUUCAUACAAAAUAGUAAUUCAAAGGAAAUGAUCUUCCAGUACGCUCUUUUCAAGAUUUGCGAAGCAUCAGAAGGAAUAAUGUACGUAAACAUUACAUCCAAGCCAUUAAAAUGCCGCGAUAUGUACUUUAUAAGAUGUAAUGGCCAGUUUUUCAGCUCAAAUGACACAACUCUUUUCAUUAUAGACAAUUGUUUUGUUAAUCAUCCAAGUUUGAUGAAUGACGAUGAAGCUACUCAGGUCAAAAAUGUUGUACGUAACUACACGAACUUCAAAGUCGGCACUCCGAACUUCAACGUCUCUUAUCCAAGAAUUUCAGACUGGUACUACGUAAUGGCUCACGAUAGAAACAUGUUUACGGUAUCUAAGCCAUUCACACCAACAGUUACUUUCUUGCCAACCAAUCCAUUCACUCCUUCUUGCACUUUGUCUGGAAUUAUGUUUGUGAGAAACGGAAUGAAGUGGUAUGAAUUCAGAAAAUCAGUUCACACUGUUACAACUGUGAACCUUCAAUCUUUGUUUACUGAUACUGAUGACAUUUUAUAA